AUAGCGGGAAGAGGUCAUCGUGAUUCUUGUCGGUUUCGUUGAAUUUUAGGUGUUCUUUAUCGUCGUUUUUGUGGCAUAUUUCCCUAAAUUGCACAACAGGCAAGCAGGAGACAUUGUAAUGUUUAGUUGCGAAGCUUUGGGGUUACUUUGUUUUUUGGAAUAAACAAGAAAAGGGACUGAAAGGGGAGGACAAGUAUGCCGGUUUCAGCUGAGAACUCCCAAGAUGACCAGGUCAACUAUAGACAGAAGUACAAGAACUUGAAGAGGAAGUUGAAGUUCUUGGUUUACGAGCAGGAAUGUUUCCAGGAGGAGCUGAGAAAAUCACAGAGGAAACUGCUGAAGAUCAACAGAGAUAAAAGCUUCCUCUUGGAUAGGCUGUUGCAGUAUGAAUGUAUUGACCAAUCAUCUUCAGACUCAGAGGAGACAGCAUCAUCAGAUAAUGCUAGUGACACAGAAGGACAAAAGGUCACAGGGACUGAAGGCUCCAAACACAAGAAGAAGACCGCGUCCUACCCUCCCAUGUUUAACCCCGGCACCAUGUCGGGCAUGUUUGGACCCCUGGGGUACCCACAGACUGGCGCCAUGGCACAACCCAUGAUGGGUCCGUCCAUGGCUGGAUUUCCAGGCUACUUCCCUUCAGCACAGAGAGUGAAGAGCGAGAGCCCCGGGCCAGGCAGACCAAGAAAACAACAGCAACAGAGACCCAAGAAAUCCUCAACCAAGUCUAGCAAAUCGAAGGCAGCCAAAGACCAUGGUGAGUCCUCUGGUAAGGGGCAGCUGACGUCCUUACAGAUGCCCGGCCCCCCGUCUGCCACUGUGCCACAUGAGCUCUUCAGUGGGGGCUCCGGCAACCCAGAAAGUGAGCAGGAAGCCCCGAUGGAUGAGUCCAUGUCUUCCCAGAGUUUACCCAGUGACUUGGACGAUGCUUAUGACGGUGAUGAUAACUUAGUCAUCGACAUACCAGAAUAAAACUUAACAAAGAUAUAAUUAAUGAUAAUGACAUUGUACUUGUAGGAUACAUGCAUUAGUGUGUAACAGCUGAAGUGAGAAGAAAAUCAUGUUGAAGUCUUGUGGUCGGCAGUUUUUGUAAGUUGUACAGUCAAUGAUGAAUAAAAAAAAUUGCAGUA